AUGGCCACAACAACAAGGGCAAUCACACCCACACAUACAGGUCCCUUUGCGGUGCCAAAUGGGCCCACAACACCCGGUGCAGGAGCGCGCAACUCGCACGGCGCGCCGACAUUUGGCACCCAUUUGACCAAUUCGCCGCGUGGGCUCUCGCCACGACAUUCGCCCCAACCAGUCCCAGGUGCCAUGUCCUUGUCAGACGAGCGACAGUAUCGCCAGAGCACACCGAGGCAAAUGAGUCCGCACCCAGUCACUACGACCUCUCCAAGACGUGCAGCCGCCCAAAUUCCACACAAUUGCCUGCACCCACAAGCGCGCGCAUCCGAGAGCAUGCCCAAGCCUGCCAUUGUGAUCCCAGCGCAAACUGGAGUCACUGGCGAGAACAUGCAAACAAGUCCGGUCAGCCUCUCCAGCUUUGGCGAUGACGCGCCUGGUGCCCCAGCGGCAGCGGGUGAUCUUGAGGCGAGUGUGGGACCAAAGAAUGGUUUGAGCCAGGAGACUGUGUCCCAGCAGCCACAACACCAGCAGAACCAUCAUCAACUCAUAGCCCCAAAUCCGGGCGACAACCCCGGAAACCGCGCAUUCACGUUUCCGGGUGAGCGGCCGCACACUUGCUUCAAGUGUGGCCGCAGAUUCGCUCGUGGGGACGCGCUUGCGCGACACAACAAGGGUCAAGGUGGCUGUGCAGGCCGCCGGUCUAGCUUCGGCAUGGACGACGAGCUAGCCGAAGGCAAGGACGGAGACAUGGACGGUGUAGUCUACACCGGCGAACAUGACGGCGACGGAGACGAGGACGAUGAUGGCGGUCGUCGCGUCAGUGAGCCAGCGCGUAAGAGACAGAAUACUGGAAGCUCUGCGCAAGGCCAAUCCAACGUCUUUGCACAAGGUGGCAUGACAGAGAGUCCAAAGCCAUUAUCACCCCGUCAGCAAGAACAGCACCGUCUUGGGACACGAGAUAAUAGUCUGCCUGGAUCGCGCUCGCCCAACAUGUCACACCACAUUCUUCAUCAGGGUCUUGCACGCGGUGCUGGUCGGGGCACGCCACCAAUGGCCUUGGCACCGCCAAAUGCAAACAACGGACCCCAUUUGCCAUCUUUGCCUGGACUCAAUCCCCUAGCCUCUAAGCAGGGCUCACAGAGCGGGAAGAGUAACGGGCCAAGUCUGCUCCAGCACCAAGCCAUGGCUGCGCCACCAAGUACUGCAUCACAGCCAGGGAGCAUUUCAAGCCAUGGAGGGAGCGGCAGCAGCAUGCGAGAAGUAAUAGGAGGCCAAGUCGACGUCUGGCAAUACGUGCGUGAAAUGGAAGCGCGUAUGGCACGAACCGAAAAAGAGCACACGGACAUGAUUGCAACCUUGCAAAACGAGGUUACAACACUGCGCGCGCAGCUGGCUCAACAGCAUGUCAACAGUUCGCAGGCACAGCAACAAGGUCCGUAA